GGGGCAUUGGGCUGCAGUUCUGCAAACAUCUCUUGGAAAAGCAAAGUACAAUCGCAGUAGUUGCAACUUCCCGCGAUCCUGAGAACGUCCACCGGUUACACAACUUGGCGCAGGUUUACCCUGGCAGAAUUUCAGUCGUUAAAAUCGAUGUAACUAAGGGAAAUGACAUUAAAGAUGCCGCCGAAAAAGUUAAAGAUAAAUUUGGGAGCUUGGAUCUUUUGAUUAAUUGUGCAGCAAUACUACAUCCUUCAAGGAAAGGUGAAACCAGCCUCUGAGAUUUAACUUCCGAGGGUCUUGUUUCAACUCUCGCUACAAACACUAUAGGACCUUUGAUGAUGGCAAAGUACUUCAGCCCCUUGCUGAUGAAGGGAAGGGGAAAAUUUGGAGUGCAGCUAACUGAUAAUUCUAAGCAACACUGUGCUAUUCUUGUAAACAUGUCCGCAAAAGUUGGAUCUAUUGGAGACAAUGAUUUAGGUGGAUGGUACAGCUAUCACAUGUCAAAGGCAGCACUUAAUAUGGCAACCAAAAAUCUAAGUAUUGAAAUGGGCAGAGGAAGAGAUAAGGUUGCAUGUGUGGCCUUGCAUCCUGGCACAGUGGAAACUGAUCUCUCUGUGCCUUAUCGCCAAAAUGUUUCCAAAGAAAAACUCUUCAGUGCUGCAUAUUCAGUUCAGUGCCUAAUGAAUGUUAUUGAUGGCCUCAGUUUACAUAAAACUGGAAGGUUUUUAGCUUGGGAUGGAUCAGAACUCACUUGGUAAAGAAAUA